CGCGCGCGACGGCAGUUCGGCCACGUCCCUCGGCCACGUCGCGCCGCUCUCGCCAUCUUCGCCGCUUCUCCUUUGGGCCGCCGCUACUUGCUGAGCUACCGAGCCCCGGGGCCGCCGCGCCGACCGCCGCUUCCAUCAUGAACAUCUUCCGGCUGACCGGGGACCUGUCCCACCUGGCGGCCAUCGUCAUCCUGCUGCUAAAGAUCUGGAAGACGCGCUCCUGCGCCGGUAUUUCCGGGAAAAGCCAGCUUCUCUUUGCACUGGUCUUCACAACUCGUUAUCUGGAUCUUUUUACUUCAUUUAUUUCAUUAUAUAAUACAUCUAUGAAGCUUAUCUACAUUGCCUGCUCCUAUGCCACAGUGUAUCUGAUCUACAUGAAAUUUAAGGCAACUUAUGACGGAAAUCAUGAUACCUUCAGAGUGGAGUUUCUGGUGGUCCCUGUGGGAGGCCUCUCAUUUCUAGUCAAUCACGAUUUCUCUCCUCUUGAGAUUUUAUGGACCUUUUCCAUCUACCUUGAGUCAGUGGCCAUCCUUCCACAGCUCUUCAUGAUCAGCAAGACUGGCGAGGCUGAGACCAUCACCACCCAUUACCUGUUCUUCCUGGGUCUCUACCGUGCUUUGUAUCUUGUCAACUGGAUCUGGCGCUUUUACUUCGAGGGCUUCUUCGACCUCAUUGCUGUGGUGGCCGGAGUGGUCCAGACCAUCCUAUACUGUGACUUCUUCUACUUGUACAUUACAAAAGUACUCAAAGGAAAGAAGCUCAGUUUGCCAGCAUAAGUGCCAAAGACCAUCAGCAGCCUCUGUCCUUCAGGGUGCUCGGACAGAAUUCUUACCACAGCAAAGGCAUGAGAUGCUUGAUGCAGAAAAUCAGAAACUUAACUCUUUUGUUGCAGAUCGUCAUCAGUGGCUGUAUAAGAACAGAGGAAAAGAACACAAGGUUUCUGUUUAAUGCAUCUUGCCUUAUCUUUUUUAUUACUAUGUACAAAGAUUUUUUUACACAAAGAAACUUAAUGCUGUAUUAAUAAAUCCAGUGUGUAGCUUAAUUGGAAUAGUUCCAAAAGUGACAAUUUUGUGAGGAAUAAGUGCAAACUUUUUUAUUUUAAAAAUUCUUUGAAAUUGUUGAUUCUUUGUGUCUGCAAUGAAAUUGUACUCCUUGACAGUUGGUAGAUUAUAUAUUCUGACAUCUAUCAAACUUGCAUUCCACUAUAUUUAUUUUUUGCCAAAAUAUGAGUUAUAUUUGUUUGAUAUCUGAGACACUAUGUUCAAUUUUUAUAUCUGUCCAAAUUCCCACCUGCCAUGGAAAUCUUGCCUUGGACAUCACAACACUACAUUUAAGGUUAGUGAAGACGACUUGUAAAUCUUACGGUUUUCAUUACCAAAAUGUUAAGGUUUUGAGUGUAGAUGGGCUGUCAACUAAGUCACUAAAGGUGCCUGCCUUCCUCCCCCGCUGAGAAGUGUCAGUUUGAGACAGUCCCAAGGAUGCUGAAGAAUUCCUGGGCAGGAAUUGUGGGCUGCUUGCCAUGUGAGUGUUUAGUGGGAGGGACGGUAAUGAUUAUUUUGGAUAGAAGACUGCUCCGCUGAGGAAUGGAACACAAAUAGUCACCUGUGACUUUAACUUGCAAUUGCAAAAGAUGAACUCCAACCAUGUCCAUACGUAGAUUCACACGGUUUUAUCUAUCACUUUUGGGUGGUAAGAUGAUUUACAAUUUUUUUUUAAUUGGCAGCAGCAAUUACUAUUUCUUAUAUUCUCUUUUUUUUAUUGAGCUCUUGCAUGACUUAUCUUGUGUUACCAUCCUAAAUAAACAUUUUAUUAAAUGGAAUAAAUUGGUUUUUUUAUGAAUUAGGCUUCUGAACAUCUUAUGCUGGGAAGAUUUUUGUUUUGUUUUUCAUUUAGCAACAAAAGCUCUAUAGGGCUGCAGACAUUUAAAGUCCACUUAAUCUAAACUUUUGUUUUGUGGAAAUAGUAGAGCUUUUCAUCCUGAUUUUGCCAUUAUAUUGAUUUGCUGCAUUUUUUGAUUUAUGCAAAAGUAUAUGAGUUUGUUUUUAUGUGAUUCACCACAAACAUGAAAGUAUUUAAUACUAACAGUACUUAAUACAAGGAGGAUGUAGUAUUUCUGUUUCCUGCAUUAGAAAGUCUUGUGGAGGGGCUGGGGAUUUAGCUCAGCGGCAAAAAGCACCUGCCUGGCAAGCACAAGGUCGUGAGUUCGGUUCCCGGUACCGGAGAAAAACCAAAAAAAAAAAAAGAAAGUCUUGUGGAGCAGGGGAGCUGGAUGAGUUACAUUUCUAUUUAGUGUGGGUUUUAACUCUUAAAUUGGCAGUACAACUACAUAGUUUAACUUUUCUUCUUGCCCACAUUUUAUUUUUCCCUUCUUCAUGUUUUUGCUUUAUGUAUCAGAGUACUUUUCAUUCCACCAUACUAGGCGUGGUUUAGUUUCUUUGACUUGUUUUCAUCUUCCUUGGACAAUUGUGGGAGUUUGGAGGAAGGAUGGGGAAAUCAGUCGCAGUAAGUCAAGCAGGAAAGCCAAGCAGGCUGCUUGCUGCCCAGCGUGGGGGUGGGGUGAGGUGGGGUAGGGGUGGGACUUAACCUGUCUUUCCUCAUGUAAACAGAUCCAAGCUGGUGUCCCUCACUGCAGAGCACAAUGCACAGAACAAAGAUCUGGAACCUCAGCAUGUCAAAGCCUUCUGUAGUCAUUCUGGUCAAGUAAGAAUAAGAUUGGCUAAGAUGUUAAUCACCUUUUUGUGGUCAGCCAGGAUGACAUCUUGCUAAGGAGGAUGCCUGACAUGGAGUUGGGACUGGGCAGCGUCCUCACACAUAGGAAGCAAAGGCCUUGCCUUGCCUUAUGAAGCACUGUUUCAUGGUUACUUUUACUUAAUAAAGGUUAUCAGGUAAUUAA